UAAAUAUUGUUGUAAAAAUGAGCAUGACGGUCUCAGAUACCAAGUACUAGCAGAAAGAUUUAGCCCAAUGUUAGCAAACAGAGCACUGAGGGACCAGAGUAGAUUCUCCACUGGCUUUAUAAUGAUACUUAUAUUAAAUUAAAUAGUUGUAAUGGAGUCCAUGUGCCACUUAAAAAUUGUGCAUGAUGCCUCCAGCUACAUCCCCAAAAGUGUUGUAAUCACUUUUUUUUUUUUUUGAGGAACUUCUUUCAGUUCUCACUUGUAGUUACCAAAUCAAUGAGCUAAGUCUGUACACAGAAACAAAGCUGCUGUGCGCAGUUCUUGGUGAAGAAACGAUGAAGACGCUGUACUUGUUCACGCUCACGCUGACUGGUGUUCUCACUCAGGUCAGUAAAUAUGGUGUGAACUAUCCGGAUAAUCAGAUCUGUGCUGUGAGAGGAUUCAGUGUCUCCAUUCCCUGUAGUUAUUUUUAUUAUCCAACAUCAAAUCCCAAUAUUCAGGUGACACAAAUGCUUUGGUGCUCAAUGAACUCAAACAGAGACGUGUGUAUAAACCCCCCGUAUGUUUAUAACAGCACAUUAAACACCACAUCAGACUUUGAGUACGCUGGAGACGACAAAUCAAACUGCACUUUGUUAAUCCACAAUGUACAGUUCAGUUAUUCUGGAGAGUACAGAUUCAGAUUUAUAACUGAUGUGCCCAGUGGAAGAUGGACAGGUGUACCUGGAGCGAUUCUACAAGUUGCAGAUUUAAAGGUGUCACUAAUCAGGCUCAGUGGAAACGGAACCCUUAAACAAGGAGACUCGUUAAAUCUGACGUGUGAUGUGAACUGCACACAAAGUUCCUCACAGUUUGUGUGGUCUAAGAACAACGAGCGCUUAAAUACAUCAGGACCCGUUCUUCACUUUCCUGCUGUAACCAUGAGGGAUUCUGGGAAUUACACCUGCACUUGGAAAACCAACAGGACGUCAGGAUCUGAAACGAUCAGCCUUCUCGUCGAGGGUGAAAACCCUGAAAGAGAUUUUGCUCAGUGGCACAUCUGGAUCAUUGUUCUGGUGAUUGUUGUUGUGAUUUUGGUGAUUGUGGCAGCUGUAAUUAACCACAGGAGGAAGAGAGUAGAAGCUCAAGAAGAAAACAGUGGGAAAGGUGCAGAGAAAGCACAGCAGGUUGGAGAAAACACACAUGAUAAACCGACAAAGCCACAGCUAAACAUCGUUCCUCAACUGGAUGAUGAAACGUUGCACACGGAGGAAGUGACUUAUGCGACUGUGUUUGUCAAAGACAAGAAACUUGAGCAAGGACGUGUCCACACUGAACGACAGGAGGAGGACGACAGUGUUAUCUACAGCACUGUCAAAAACACCUGAUCACAUUUGUACAUCUCAUUCAACUAGACACCGUGAGGCCUGUAAAUAUUCCCCCUGUGGGACGUUAAAAUAAAAUGUGUGUCAUUUUAGGGCUUAUUAAUGUCAUAUAAAGUGUCCAGCUGUUUGCUUUAAACGUACACUUGGAUAGGAGAUUGCCUUUACAACUGAAUCUGUUUUAAUAAUCACUCAAGCUAAUUUUUUCCUUUAAUAAUUGUGUUGUUUUGGGAAACAGACUUUCAGUAAGUGCUUUAUCCUGGUCAGGCUCCUGGUGGAUCCAGAGUCUAUCCUGGGAAUACUGGGAGCAAAGCUGGAAUAAAUUCACCCUGGAUCUGACGGCAGUCCAUUGCAGGGCACCGUGUACACACUCAUUCACACACUCUUUCACACACUCUUUCACACACUCAUUCACACCUAGGAGCAAUUUAACAUAGCCAGUCUACCUACUGGCAUGCUUUUCAGAAGGUGGGAGGAAACUGGAGAACCUUGAAGAAACCCACACUAACACAGUGAAGAUUAUGCCGCCUUUUCUCCCUAAAGAAUGAUACCGUUUGAUGCUCUGUAACCAUUAAUGUAAAUGCUUUCCUAAAACACAAAAAUCCACUGUAUCUUUAAGUUAAAAUGUUUAUUUUUUUAGGUACGAGCUUUUGUUUUGUUUAUUGUAUAUAGAAAAUAGUAAAUAUUAGUAGUUCUGCUUUUUUUAAAAAAUGGAUUGUGGGAUUCUGCAUGAAAACCUUAAAAGGAACCCCGACUCUGAAGACAUGUAUGCCUUAACACGCAAUAAUUGCCCUCUCCUAUUAAAAUACGUUGUUAGAAACAUAUGAAAUAUGUUCAUUACUUUAAAAAGACUUAAUAUUGAAUACAUAGUUUAACAUACAGAGGGCGCCAUUACGUGACAUGCGCAGUGCACCCUGAGUCGAUGAUGUAAAAAUAACAUAAAUAAAAAUAUAUUUAAAAAACCCCCUGAUAUCUAACGUGUUUUUGUAUAGCAGAUUUAUAUAGCGGAUGUCAGCGUUAAUCUAAUAAACCAUACAAGUCUUCAUAGUCAGGGUUCCCUUUAAACAUUUGUUUCUUAAACAAUGGCUGUAUCAUGGGACAUAUCACUUUAUCAACAAUAAAUCAGUAGAAGCUAAUCUGUAUGCUAGAAAUCUAGGGUCUUGUGUGAUCAUGUAUGUAAAGCUGAUAACGUGUCACGUGAGUGUUACAUGUGGCUCACACAUUUUGCCCAGGUUUCCUGUAUACUGAGGUCGGGGGAUUGAGUUCACUGCAUGGUUAUGAACUCGCACAUGGACAAGUGUAAAUGCCUUCGUAUGACCAGUUUAUAACAAGUCAUCAAACACCAACGCCAGUGCACAGUUCCUCAAACCUAGAAGAAUAAAUGUAUAGUUUUGCAAAGGCAAGAUUCUCUUCUUGAACCUACAGUUGCAUCAAAAAUUCUGAGGUAAAUGUAGUUAAAUCAUUUCAUCAUUAAAGGUGCAGUAAGUGUAACAGUUGGGUGGGUUUGACAUUUGAAUGAUUCCCACCAAUGUUUGUGACACUCCACCUCAGGAUCUCCAGUGGUCUGUGGAGUGUGUAUAAAAUGACUGACAGGAAGUAUUCCAGCCUGGAAAUCAGUUUUCCAAACAGGUUUUCUCAGCCUCUUAAUGUACUGGUCCUGAGGCCAUGCCUUAAACCCUUAUAUUUUACCAUGUUUUACAGAUCUUCCAGGUUAUUUGUAAAAGUAACAAACAUCUACUAUAACACCUUUUAAUCGAAAGCUAAUAUAGGAAUCAAAAAUGCAUUAUUUAAAGCUGAUAAUAAAAUAUAAAUAUAAAUAAAUACAGCUGUUUGAAGGGGGAAAAACAACAGGAAAUAAAUCUAUAUAUUCUGUUCCCACAAUAUUGUGUACUGUACGGAGCUUCAGGUUUCCACCACUAGAUGGCGACAUUGUUCUUUUUUUAUUGAACACUUAAGAGAACAGGGUAAAAAAACUCUAGGUACUUGUGCGUGUGUAUAUAUACACGUUGUAUAGUCACAGUUUGCACUGCACUCCUUGACUUGAUUUGAUUGUCUUAUGUGGUCACGUUAUGCUCUCCUGUCGUUUAUGUAUUGUUUCAUGUUUUGUUUUCUAGUUCAGGUACAUUACCACGUGUUCAUAGUGGCUUUUUGUGUUUUGAUCUUUUUUUUUUCUGUCUCUCCUAUGGCGGAUCAUGAAGAGGAGAAUCAGACAACGGCGUCCAUAGACUGUUAAGUAGCUAAAGUCUUGUGUCAAGCAAGAAUGGGCAAAAAUCCCACUUGCGAAGUUACAACCAUUAUUAUCCUCAGUUCCCAAACGAUUAAAACGUGUAAUUAAAAGGAAGGCUGAUGUAACACAGUGCUAAACAUGCCUCUGUCCCAACUUUCUUUGAGUGUGUUGAAGGCAUCAAAUUCUAAAUAUGUUUAUAUUGACAAAAUACAAUUAAGUUGGUCAGU